AUGACCCAUCAGCGUGGAACAAUACGAUUGAAACCUCACCAAGACUACGAAUUUUUGUGGUUUGGCUACCCGCCUAAUGCACAAACGCGUUACUCUUACAACUUUACAUUUUUUGCGGCUUCAAUAUCAGCUUUAGACUCUUCAGCGGGCAUUCGAUGUAAGAAAAAGACGCUGGUUUGCUAUCGUUGCCUAGGCAAUAAAGGCUCACCAUGA